UUGUUUCAGUGAAAGUUUCAAUUCACUGGCAUUCAUGACCUAAAAACAUUCAAGCAAAGCUUGUACAGUACGCUAAAGAAAAUACUUUUUGACAUUAUUUGAAAAUGGCAAAGGUGAACUGUGAUAGAUGAAAGACAACCUCGAGAAAGACCGUACAAUGCGUCUCCACCGGGCUACUGAAACAAUGUUUCUGUAGACGUUUGAUUAAGGAUAUCCUUUGGAGACGGAAUUGUUUUUUCUUCACACGUUCCUGAUUGCUGUCGCUGAUGAGUGAAAGUGAGCAGUUCCCACGAAGGUCCUCUCUUGCAUGUUGGAUUUGGUUAAAUCUGGAUUAUACAUCAAAGAAUUAUGUGCUUUUUCCAACAAGAUUUCAAUGUACUUACCAAAACCAUCUAAAAACCAAAAAUAACAAUGCUGAAGAGUAAAGCAGAUCGUGUAGCUGUUUGGGUAACAUGUGGAAUCUUGAGUACCAUGGUGGUUUUUACAUGCCAAUGUACCAUCAAUGUUGUUAAGACGAUCUCCACCACCAAGUCCAUAAUCAUCACAUUGGAUAAUGAAGAUGUGAAAUGCCAGUACAGAAUUUAUGUCAGGGAACGACACAAAGAUUCAACAGACUGUCGACAGGCCCAGCAACACGUUGAGUGCAAUAUUGAAAAUUUAGAUCCUGGGACCUGGUAUCAUCUGGAUAUCAUAUCAAUGCUGGAUGAUCAGCAACAGAUGCAACAGAACGUGUCUCUGCCAACUAGACCAUCAGAAGUAGAAAAUCUUCAGGUCUCAGCUGAUUCAAACAGCGUGGAUGUUUCCUGGCAUCCUGGCGCAGGUGAAACAGAGCGGUUUUGGCUAGUGCUCAUAGAUGGCAAGGCUGCAGGUUUAAAUUGGAAUUCAACGCUUGCUAACACAUCAACAUCAUAUGUAAUAAAAAAUCUGACUCCUGGACGACUUUAUAACGUUACUUUGAUAACGGAGGUUGGAGAAGUACAAAAUUCGGUGUCAAGAGAAACACAAACAGUACCUGCUGCUGUCUCGAACCUCAGAGUGGAGAAAAACGGCAACCAGAACAUCUUCAAGGUUUUGUGGGAUAAAGCCUCUGGUGAUGUGGACAGUUACCUUGUCAGACUGACUUCAUCUAAAUCAACGCCCAUUGAGAAAUCUGUGUCUUCAGACACUACAGAGGUGAUAUUUGACAACCUAAGCCCUGAAAAGACCUACCAGGUCUCGGUCAACACCAUCAGUGGUCAACUGUCUAAUAAGAUGUGGACUUUAGCUCCAGGGAUUGUGUCAGGUGUUGUGAUAGAGAACCUGUCUGAAAAUGGCGCAGUGAAAAUCUCCUGGACGCCCCCUUCAGGAAAACUGGAUCAAAUCCAUGUGGUGCUUUCGAAUGGAAGUGAGAUCUUAGCAAACCAAACAGUGAAUGGAGCAUCAAAAGAAAUGAUUUUGUCAGGAUUAAAUCUGCAGUCUGGAAGAUUAUACAGCGCUGCGCUCAGUGUGGAGAGUGGAGGCGUAGCUUCUACAAUCUAUUACCAAGAAGAAAUAGGUUUUCCACCAGUGUCACAACUACACAUUCGUCACUCAGAUGAGACCUCCAUUAGUGCUCUGUGGAAUCACAGUUCUGGUUCAUCGCAACGUGACGGCUACAACGUUCAGCUCUAUCAAGGCAACAACUUAACAGCUAAUCAGACACGAACAUUGAGCCGUGAUAUGAGAGAGUGCACCUUUAAUAUUCUCACACCUGGUCGACUUUACCACAUUACUGUAACAACCAUCAGAAAGAACCUUCGUAGUUCUGCAACACUGGAAGGAAGAACAUUGCCUUUGAAUGUGAAUCAUCUGAAGUUAAGCAACAAUGGAAAUACAGACAGUUUGAAGGCCAGCUGGGAGAGACCGCGUGGCGAUCUGGAUUUCUACCACCUGCAGCUCUUACGGGACAAAAAGGCGGUCUACAACAUGUCUAUUCCAGCAAACACCACAUCAGUCCUAAUGCCCCAUUUAAUACCUGGUGGUUUGUACAAGUUACUGGUAACCACUGUUAGUGGAAGACAGACGUCCAUACACGCAGAGGCUGAAUGUCGCACAGUGCCCGCUGCUGUUUCUAUGGUAACCGUAGCAAAUAACAGUCCAGACUUUCUGAAUGUGUCAUGGAAGGCUGCCGAUGGAGAUGUGGACAGUUACAUGGUGACGUUGAAAUACCAGGAGAAGAUCGUACACACGCUCGCUGCGUCCAAAGCCACUAGAGAGUGUGUGUUCAGAAGCCUUGUUUCUGGUCGACUCUACACAAUUGUCAUCACAACAAACAGCGGCAGCUACAGAAACCAAACGGUUUUACAGGCGAGAACAAACCCAUCCACUGUGCAGAAACCCACAGCCAUCCACUCGGCAAGAGAUGACUUCCUGAAGGUUUCCUGGAAUCAAGCGUUUGGGGAUUACGACCAUUAUGAAGUGAGGAUUGAGUUUAACGGCACACGUCUUCAAAGCCAGAACCUCAGUAGGACUCAGAACGAGUGCGUGUUCAGUGAUCUGGUUCCAGGUCGACUUUAUAAAGUGACUAUCACCACAUGGAGUGGACCAUUCAAUGCUACUGUUUCUAUAGAUGGCCGAACAUUCCCGGGUGCUGUGCGGAAUUUGUCCCUGUUGGAUAGUGGAACCACAUUUUUGAGGGUGACUUGGACUCCUGCUCCAGGAGAUGUUGAAUACUACGAGGUUCAAAUCAUCCACAAUGACACUCCGGUGUUACCGGCUGUCAAUCUGAGUGGCACAGUUAAGGAACACGUGUUCUCCUCGCUCACACCCGGUCGGCUUUACAAGAUCGUCCUGUCCACUCACAGCGGCUCAUUCCAGCGCGCUCAAAUCAUAGAAGGCCGCACAGUUCCCAGUCCUGUUCAGAGUCUCAGUCUCAGUGCUGGCCCCAGGGAAGGCAGUCUCACGGCAUCUUGGUCUGCUCCCGACGGAGACUUGGACAUUUAUUCCGUGUCUUUGUUUCAGGGAAGACACGUAGAGGACAUCACAAAUGUUCUUAAACACGUCACACAGAUAGAGUUUCACCACCUGUUACCUGGUCAGCUGUACUCUGUCACUGUGCAGUCGAUCAGUGGGGCACUGACAAACAACCACACAGCCAGAGGAAGAACAGAUCCCGCAGCUGUUACAGUCCUGCAGGCAGAUAAUGAACUUAGCACACACAGUCUCCGGGUGAGCUGGAGGCCAGCUGUGGGCAUUUAUGAUGGAUACAAACUGCAGUUACUGGAUGAGAGCGAGAGCGUGAUCGCAAACAUGUCCGUGCCCGCCAAUGCCAGCCAGCACCUCUUCAGCGGUUUAAUUCCAGGGAGUUGGUACAAAGCAAGUCUUCAGACCCUCAGCGGUGCUUCUAAAAGUAAAGAGAUCACAGCAGACGGACAGACAUGUCCAGCAGCAGUGUCCGGACUGCAUGUCUGCUCCAACACAAGCAGUGAACUUUCAUUCUGCUGGGCUGCUCCGGAGGGAAGGGUCGAUGGGUUUGACCUGCGUCUGUACGAUCAAAAUGAGACCUUGGUGUCCAGCAAGAUGCUGGAGGAUAAUGCUCUGAGCUGGUCCUUCACACACCUGUUGCCAGGGACGCGGUACAAGAUGAUCAUGAUCAGCAGAAGAGGAAAACUGAGCAAUCAGGUGUCUAUAUGGGCACGUACAGCUCCUGCCACAGUCAUUAACCUACGUGUUGAGCAUCAGGGUCGGACUGACAGCCUCCUCGUGAGCUGGACACGAGGUCCUGGGGGUCUUACUGGAUAUUCUGUCUCUUUGGAUGGGCACGAGCCAAUUUUUGAGUUGGGUCCAGUGAGCACUAAGGUGGUCUUUGAAAAGCUGGUGGCAGGUCGGCUUUAUACCGCUAUAGUUCAGACCUGGAGUAAAGAUCUGAGUAACAUUACAACCGCAGUAGGACGCACAGCUCCUGCACCGCCAUCAUCUGUGUCUGUCAGCGAUUUUACUGAGUCGCUAGAGAUAACAUGGAAUAUUCCACCCGCCGGAGACUAUGAUGAUUUUGAAGUGACGUGCUUUCCUCAGGACAAAGUUAAUGUUACUGGGGAUCAUCCCACUCGUCGCAUCCUGAAAGGACUCUAUCCCGGCCGGCUCUAUAAUGUCAGCAUUCGCACUAUCAGUGGGAAGACAGGUGGUCAUGUGACCUACAGCUCUCCGGUUUACCACACCAUAAGAACUUCUCCACUUCGAAUCCCAAAUCUUCACUGUUACCCGCUGAGCUCCACCUCUUUGUCUUGCUUCUGGACGCCUCCAGAGUGCGAUUAUCAAAGCUACAUUGUUGAAUGCUACAAGCAAGACAGCAAGACUCCAGUCUACAGGUACACACUGGGACGCACGACUCUUUCACAGCAGUUUGACCAGCUGGAACCUUUCAGAAACUACACCGUCUUCAUCACCGUCAUCUCUGGGGACAAGCAAAGUUCAGCUGCACACAACAGCGUUAUCACCAUGAUUGACCGGCCUCCCACGCCACCGAUGACGGUGCGAGUCAGCGAGCAAGCGGCGAUUAUCACACAUUCCACUAUUCUGUUUAAGUUUAACUGCAGCUGGUUCAGCGAUGCAAACGGGGCUGUUCGCUUCUUCACAGUUAUCGUCGCAGAGUCAAAUGAUGUUGAUUAUGUCCAACCAGAGCAGAGACAUCCGCUGCCCUCUUACCUGGACUAUAGACACAACCGGUCCAUAAAGGCUUACCAGACGGGAUACUUUCACAGUCUGUGCGGCGAGGUCCCUGACAGCAAGAUCCGUGUUUUUGAGAUAAACCUGGGAGCUGGGAUGAAACGUUUAGGCGGAGCUUGUAAAUGGGAUCCUGAAUCGAUUCCACAUGGGACACAUCUCUGCGAUGGACCACUCAGACCAAGAACUGCAUAUCGAUUAAGUGUGCGUGCCUUUACUCAGCUGUUUGAUGAGGAGAACAGAGAAUUUGCUCAAGUACUGUACACAGACACCUACUUCUCCAUCCCAUUAUUAACUCAAUCAGCGCCAAGGAACGGAGUCAUGGGAGGCAUCAUGGCUGCCACAUUUCUGAUUACCAUUGUGAUUAUUGUGACGGCAUUACUGAUUUACAGGAAGAAAGCUCACAAAAUAGCCGUACAGGAAAGUCCAGUUAUGAAGUUGUGUAUGUGGAAGGAGUUGCCCACAUCACAGAUGUGUUCAGCCAUACGGAGCCCAGUCAGAGCGGUCAACUUUGAGAGUCAUCUCUCCAAACUUCAAUCUGAUUCUAGUUACCUGAUGUCUGAAGAGUUUAAGGAUCUAAAGGACGUGGGGAGGACCCAAACUCAGAACGCUGCACGUUUACCUGGCAACCGAAGCAAAAACCGAUACAACAAUAUAUUGCCUUAUGACUCAACGCGAGUGAGGCUGUCUUGCUUGGAUGAUGAUCCCACCUCAGACUACAUCAAUGCCAACUACAUACCUGGAAACAAUUUCAAAUGGGACUAUAUUGCCACACAAGGGCCUCUUCCAGGUACCAAGGAUGAUUUCUGGCGUAUGGUGUGGGAACAAAAUGCGCACAGCAUUGUUAUGGUGACCCAGUGUGUGGAGAGGGGCAUGGUGAAGUGUGAUCGAUACUGGCCGCCUGACAAUGAGCCUUUGUGUUACGGUGAUAUUGUGGUGCAGAUGAUCUCCGAGAAGAUCUUUCCAGAAUGGACCGUUCGUGACUUUAAGAUAUCACAUGAGGGCCAGCUGAGAUACCCCAGGGGGGUCCGUCAGUUCCAUUACACCAUUUGGCCGGAUCAUGGGGUACCCGAGACAACACAGUCCCUCGUUCAGUUCGUCCGAACAGUCAGAGACUUCAUUAACAGGACGACCCGUGCUGGAGUCAGUGUAGUACAUUGCAGUGCUGGUGUGGGCAGAACUGGCACUUUUAUCGUGCUAGACCGUGUUUUACAGCGACUGGACAGUAACCACACAGUGGAUAUUUUUGGCUGUGUGUUCGAUCUACGCCUGCAUCGGUUGUGCAUGGUCCAAACUGAGUGUCAGUAUGCGUUUCUUCACCAGUGUGUGCGUGAUGUUUUGCGAGCACGUAAACUUUGCUGUGAACGAGAUAACCCUCUGUUUCCCAUAUAUAACAGCUUAUUAUAAGGCUCCAAAGGAAGCCACAAUGUUGUGUGAUGCCGAGCAUCAGCUAGCAGACACAGACCAGCGGAGCGACACAAACACUUCUCCAGUAUCGUUAUAAUAAACAUCAGCACUCUUGGAGCAAAGCCAGUCGGUCUGACAGAUUUUUGUAUAUAGAUGUUUAAAACUGUUGUGCUAUUAAAUAAAAUAUAUGCAUUUUUAAAAAUAAGUUUAAAAACAAAGCAUAGCAUAAGUCUCUUCAUACUGUAUCUAUGUACUACAGACAAUUGUUUGUAAUAAUUUAUGUUUUAGGGUAGUUUUGUAUCCUUUAUAAAAUGCAUUUAGCUUAUCAGCACUUGUAAAUUACUCUAUGAAUUCAAUUAAUAAAAUAUAUCAGUAAUUA